CGGUGCCGGCGGUGCGUCGCGUCACGUCCCGCCGCGGUGCGGGGCUCUGGGCGGAGCGCCUCUGAGGGUUGGAAGAGCCGCGGGAUUGCGGCUUUGCGACAGCUGAAAGCUUCGAAAAGUGACAGGAGGGAAAAGGUCGCUUCGGGUUAGCCGGGAAGUAGAGCGUGCUGCGAGCGCCAGGUGCGCUGCGGCGCUUUCGGGGUUCCCUGGCAGUUGGAGCUGUAGAAGCGUGGCUCGGCAGUGCUGGUCUCUGUUAACGAAGCUUUGGCCUGGGUGCCCUAAUAGCUCUCAGCCCCCUGAAGUUACAGGGUCACGGAGCCGUGGUGGUGUUGGAUCGGAGGGCAUCUUACAGCCCCAAGCCCUGCCGGGUGCUGCUGCCCCCAGGUCGGGCUGCCCUUGGCCUCAGGCACGUCCAGGGAUGGGGCACGCACAGCUCUUCUUUUCCAGAGUCUCACCUCCCUGGUAAACUGUGAAAGACAGUGGGCCUCCAGCUGCCCCCAUGCUCUCAUCUGGGGUGGAAUGUCUCCUUGACUCCUCUGCCUGUACUGGCACUGAGGACCUUCACGAGGGGCUCAGCAUCCCUGCUGGCCUUAUGGCUGUGUCUGAGCCCGGUGCUGGAUUAGAUGCAGAGCCUGAUGUGUCCACACCUGAGCUGGCCCACAGUAGUGAGCUGUCAUCAGAGCACCACAGGACUUUGGAGGAAGAAGGCUUUGGUGAGGAAGCAGCGCAUGUGGAUGAUGUGGUCAGAGAGGGUCAUUGGGAGCCAGCAGAACCUCUUACCAAAGAAUUACUACACAAUGGAGGUGCUGAAAAGGAUGAAGAAAACAAACAAACUCGCUGGAAACAAGACUGUUCUAGUGGAGAAUACCAGCAAGGAGAUAAAGAGGCACAAGAUACUGAAGAGGGCCGCGCUGAAUGCUGUGCUCUAAAACCUGGGGAAAAAUGGUUAAAACAAGAGGAUCCUCAUCUAAACAAGCAUGAGGUGAAUUCUUCAGCUAGCUGUUGCGCAAAAGGAGAAAACCAAGCAAAUGUUCAGGUGACAGCUGAAACUCUCCCAAAGCUUACUGAAGAAGCACAAGGUAUGAAGGCUGAUGGGACUAGAAUAUUUAGUAAAGCAGGAUACCAGAAUGGCAGUGUGAGUAAAGGUCUUCUACCUGAGAGCGAUGAAUGCCCAAAUAUAGACACGGUCAUGGCUAGAGCUGAGGUUUCAGAAACCACCAGGCUAGAUUUCAUAGAGCCUUUAAAAGUUAUGGACGUUGAAUCAACAACAGAACACUCACAAGAAAUAAGUGAAUAUAAUGAGUUGAAAGCCCAUGCUGACAUCUCAUUGAGAACAGGGAGCAAUGUGGUAUCUACUUUGGAGACUACAGAAGAAAAGUUGCCUAGACAAAAUCUCGUUAAUGAAUUCAAUACAUCACUUGAUAAUUGUCACACUUAUCAUCACAAUGAAGAAAACAAUACUUGUGACCUCUGUACCGUUUUUCCACGUAGACAUAAUGAACCUGUUAGGUUAUCAUCAGUAGGAAGUUGUAGAAUGCUCUCCAUAAAAAGUUCUGAAGUUAUGUGUUCAGUUCUGGAAAGCGUCUGUUAUCUGGACUUCAGAAAUGUGUCACUAGACAACAACAGUACUGCAAUCCAUGGAAUUAUCAAUGAAACCUCAAAAAAGCAUCUUCCUGAAAGCAUGACAAGUCAGACUAAUUAUGGUCACAGAACUGGAUUUGUAAAGAACUGCACCUCCAAGUCCAUGCCAGUAGGACAUCUCUCACUGCUAAGUAAGAAAGAAUUAUCUAGUGAUAAAACUGCUGAUGGGGAAACAAAUGAUAGUACAAGUAAGUCAUACAUCUCUGAAUUUGAAGAGGCUGCUGAGAUCCAGAGAGAAAUUGCUGUGGGGGGUAACAUUGAAGCUCGAGAGAGUGCUGAUGUUGAGCACUGUCAUCCAUCAGUUUUCAAUUCUAUUGCUCCAUCCUCUGAGGAGUUCUCAAAAGAAAAAUUAGAAACAAUUCCGUCAAAAGCCAGUAAGUGGAAAAAGGACCAGUUGCAAUUUUCUGUAAGUGAUCUGUGCAAGGACGAUUUAAAAGAAAGUGUUCUGUUGAAGGAAACAAAUAGCACUGCUUCCCAUGAAACUGUACAGACAGAUGUAGGCAUUUAUAAGGCCUACAGUAAAAUUUCUUUUCCCACUAGGCAUGACUGUCAGGAUCUUUCUGCCAAGCUAGAAGAUGAUUCACCUGAGGUACAACUGUUUGAGCAGGAAUCCCAGAGUAAUACGUUAGAGUUUUCUGACAAAGAAACUAAUUUGAUUUAUACACUAAAUGUAAUUCUACCUCCUCUUGCACAAAAAUCAAGAGAGCCUCACUGUGAUGAGUGUCCGUUUUGUACUGCUAAUGAAGCUGCAAGCAAGGACAAGGUUCAGGAUAAUCUAUCUGGAAAAGAAUUGUUUGGUUCUUCUGGGAAAACAGAAGAACAAGUUGCUGAAUUUGUGCUGCAUAAAGACAAAUUCACGUCCUCAAUAAAUCCCAAGACUUCUGAUGAAUCCAGUAUGACAGGCAACAUUUCCCAGGAGAACAAGAAGUCUUCAGAAGGGAAGGUGGAGAGUGUAGAAAAUGAACAUAGCAACACGUGGAAAUGUAGUAAUCAGACUUUAAAAGACCAGCAUACAGCUUCCACUACUUCCAGUAUCUUACCAAGUAGUACACCUGUAGGUGAUGCUGUCCUGAACAGUAACUUUUUUAAGGCUGAUAUUGAGAUGAAGAUUGAAAAUGAUAGUUUGGAAGGAGAAGAUUCAGUUGGAUGUAAUAGUAAAAAGACAAUCACUUUUCUGGAAGAAUGCUGCCCUUUGUCAUGUAGAUCUCUUCCCUGUCAAGAUGAUUGGGGCAAUAGAUGUGUAGCUCUGCAUGGGAUAAAUGAUAUUUCCACAGAAAAAAGCAUGUUUUGCCUAACUUAUGAUGCAGAGGAACCUCCUGCUAUCUUAGUAGAUGAGAUUUCAAAUAAGAAUAUGAAUAAGAAUAUGAAAUCUGAAAAUGUGAAACAAUUUGAUCUUUGUAAAUUAACAGAUUGCAGUGAAAUUAUUUGUGACAAAGAUGAGGCAGGAAAACAAUUUAGUAUGUGUGCUGUCCAUACCCAUGAAUUUGAUAAAAUAAGAACUGUGAGUUCUCCAAAAGUUCCUGAAGGGAAUUGGAGAAGUGAGACUGGUAAACAGCUAUUAGUCAGAAAUUUGAACAAAAAAAAUUGUGUUCAUAAUUUUGAAUUUUGCAACUCUCCAUUACUUCUGAAGAUGAGAGAACUAGGCACAUCUGGGAAGAAAGGAAUGUCAUCACUCACAGCUAGUUCUGAGUACAGCUUUUCUAUCUGUGGUGCAUGUCCGCUGCUCAACAAUAUGAAUAUGCAAACAAGACACGCUAUCCAAACAGAAAUGACCGUUUCUCCAAUGGAAAAUCAGUUUCUUGCACAUCAGAGUGAGUUCUAUGGCCUGGUUCAUGGCAGAAAGCAACAUGUAGAAAGCUUAAACAAAGAACCAAAUACUGGUUUACAGUAUAUUGCUACUUCUGCAGAGGAAGCUAAACUGUCAAUCAGCUCUAGCCAACAUGAACAGAUAUUGUUUAAAAAAGGUGAUGACCUGACUCUGUUAGGUCACAAACAUGUAAGAGAAGAUGGUUUUCAAAGAACUUUAAAAGAGGAUGCAGUGGAUUUUGAGUCUUCAAGUGGUUUAACCAAUGCAGACUACUCAAGAUGCAUCAGUUUUGUCAGUGAUGGAAUUCAAGAGAAGAUGACAGAAGUAAAAGAAAGUGAGAACGGCUGUGGAAGAGCAGAUAAAGGAACUCACGAAGAAAGCCUUCCUGAUAGCAAAUCACAAUGUUCACAGCAUGGUUUGUCCAUCAAAUCUGUGAAAGACAAAGUAGAGCUAGUAAUUUCAAGAAAUGCAAGGAAGCGAUCCUUGGCAAAGAUGAAGUGCUUAACUGGGGACCAAGCAGUUAAUGUCUCAUUUUUGCCCUCCUCAUCAAUUCAUGGGAGUCUGUUUUAUAAGCCAGAAAUGUGUGUACCUUCAGAGAUGGAAAACAAAAAUCUGAAAAUAAAAUCUGUCUCAAAUAAUUCUUGCUCACAGUUAAUGUUGGAGCCUGGUAAAGAAAAUGAUGCUAACAAGGGCAUGGGUCCAUCUUGUUUUGGGAAGUUUAACAUCCAGGAUUCUUCUAAUGAGACUCAUGAGGAUUCAGAAACACCAUCGGCUCCAAACUUAGCUAACUCUUUGCUUCAGAAAGAAAAGCUAUUUGUGUCAUCUGAGAAUACAGACAUAGGUAAUAGCGAUUCAUCUUCAGAUGAAAUUUGUUGGAAAGGUUCUUCAGUGACAAAACCUUUUUCUGUAACAAUGUACAUUAAGAGAGAAGCCAGCAAUACUGAAAUACCAUCUUUAGAGGAUGAAAAGGCAGCUAGCUCUCUGAAAGGUGCAAGAAGUUUCAGUGUUUGUGCAUGCAACAAAGAAAGGCAGAGAGAUGAGAGGCAUGGUGUGCUGACUGCAAAAGUCAUGGAUGUGACCUUACCAAAAAGUGCUGAUUUUGGAGAGAAGUUGAAGAAUGCAUGUACAGAAGAGAAAAUGGAAAGAGAAGUGUCUCAUAAAAAAAAGUUGCCCGUACAUUCCUUACUUGAUGGAGAAGAUUGCUUAUGGGCCUCAAUAGAAGGUUUAGAAGAGUCUAGUAGCAAAACAAUUACUCUAAGUACAGAGAACUAUGAAAAAGGUUUUGAAGAAAUCCCAAGACCUGACCUAAACAGUCUUUCAAAGGAAAGGAACGCUGCAAAGCUUACAGGCUCCACUGAUACCAGUUUACUAUCAGAAGCUGUGCAAGACUGUCAAACUGCAGAUGCAUCUGAUACAGAAACUUCACCAGAAUUCAAAUAUAAUGAAAUGAACGUGCUAUCAAAUGGUUGUAAAGAAUCAUUACCAAAUUAUGCAGUUCAAUGUGAAGUAUGUGUGCCUUACAAAUUAAAUGCACAAAGCAAAGAUAAUGCAAAGGAAAUUACAGGAUGUCAAGACACUGUAGCAGCUCAUUCAGUUUCCGUGGAAAAUGAGACUUCAGAUUCUGUGAGACGUGAUAAAGUAGAGAAAUGUCAGGCACGUAAACGAAAGAAAAAGUGUGAGGGGGUGAAAGUGCAUGGGUCAGACAAAGCAAAACAAGAAAAAAAGGCAGCGUACAAAGUGAAAUCAAAAGUUGCAGUGCAUCCAAGCGUAUUGUACAGUUCUGAGCUUUUAUGCAGUUCUUCAAAUGAGUUGGUGAUGUCAAGAAAUACAAAGUUUGAAAGUCCUUCAAAGGAAGUUUUUGCUGUGAGAAGCAAUGAAAAUAAACUGUGUAGCACUUUACAAGAAAUCAAAAGGCCAAAGAUUACCACUGAUACUAUUAGUUCAUGUUUUUUAAAGACUCAGGAUUCAGAAAUGGAAAACCUGAACCUUAAGGCAGGUUAUAAUGGAAUUCUUGGUGCCUUUGGAACUAGAAAUAAACUAAGAGGACCUCUCCCAUUGAAAAUACAGCCUGGAAGAACAUGCAAAAAAGUUCCCACGUCAUAUCAACUAGAAACUGUAAGAAAAAUAAGAAAAUCAAAAAGUUCAACUGUUUUGGAGCCUCCCUCAGAAAUGCCCCCUAAACAGGAAAACACAGUCCUCAAAUCUUUGUACUUUGCCUCUAAAUCACCAACAGUGAAGAAGGAAAUAGCCAUGAGAUUUGUCCAUAUGCCGAGGCAGAAAGCCAAGAGGUGCAGUUUGCUGAGCAGCUUGAAAUUCAGAAAAUGUACCAAAGAACCAGCAUUGCUGAGCAAGCUGUCUGCAUUAGCCAGCAAAUUACUGGUACCUGCCACAAGCAUCCAUAGCUUGGAAUCCCUGCCGUAUUCUUCUGAAAUUCUUCCAGCGGCUGCAAGGCACAGCCAGCGUAGAUCUAAAAAUCUAUUGGAAGCUUUCUCUUGCAUUAACAGGAACUUACACUCACGCUGGGCUGACAGUUGGUGUACCAAGAUGUUCAGCUUUCAAUCUUUGGCACUUUAUUCAAUGAGAUCUACCAAAAUACCUUCUUUAGAUUCGAGCAACAAUUCUCUGUCUUCUUUCUUGGAUACCCCAGUGCUCCCUAUUUCUUUUCACAUAAAAUUGGACUCCAGUCCUGUGACAGACCUCACAUGGACUACAUCUCAGCAUUCUGUACACCAUAAACUAGUUUUGGAAGAAAUGCCUGCACCACCUUCCACGUGGACUUUCCUCCUUUCUCAGAGCUGUUCAGGUGCAGCAGCAAUCAAAGAAGAUUCCAGUCAAGAUCACAAGCUGCAAUCCCCUCUCUCUGUAACAACCCCAGGGGUUGUUGCGCUUCAUCCUGACCAUGGAAGAAAUGCCAUAGCUGAAAGAACAGGAAGUUGCUCCAUGCUUGGCCUUCAUACAGUGUUAGCACUUUCUUCACCUGGAUGUUACAGGAUUUGGACAAGAAGAAGAAACUUAACCAGUCAUAUUCCUACCAUCCAGAGACUAUUUAUAUCCCAAUUUACCCAGGGUUUGAAAGGGGGAUCUAAUGUACCAGAUGACCUGGUCUCUUCCCUGCCGUACUCCUUGGGCAGGGCACUAUCCAUGUGGAGUCAGCAUGGUCCUUCUGCCUGUCCCUCCGAAAUCACUCCUCUUCAUUCCAGUCACUGCAAGUGGCAGCCAAGUGUGGGCAUCGAGAACAGCUAUGCUAUAUUACCACACUUACCUGUACAGGGUAUGGAAGCACUACAGACUGCAGGUCAUGAGAUAUGUCUGGAACCUCCAUUCCCUCUUCCACUACCAAAGUCUUGCAUGCUUUCGGAAGCAUUGCCCCCUAUGCUUCCAGAACCUGAACUUCAGGUCCAUGCCCCUGAUGCAGCAGAUAGUUCCACUCCAGACUGUUUUAGAUCCCAAGAUGACACAGAACUGAAAAAAACUGAGCCAGAAGAGAGGCCAAAGAAAGUCUCACAGAUCCGAAUCAGGAAAACUGUUCCUAGGCUAGAUCAUAACCUUACUCCUAUGGGACUACCCAAACCAAAAAGGCUUAAGAAGAAAGAAUUUAGUCUAGAAGAAAUCUACACAAACAAGAACUACAAGUCCCCUCCUCCAGCCAGGAGCUUGGAAACAAUCUUUGAAGAGCCCAAGGAAAAGAAUGGACACUUGAUUUCUGUCAGUCAGCAGAAGAGAAAGCGGAUUCUGGAGUUUCAGGACUUCACUGUUCCUCGGAAGAGAAAGGCACGGGGCAAAAUGAAAGCAGUGGGAAGUUUCACUCGAGCAAAAAAAGCUGCACCACAGAGUGCAGAGUUAGAUGCCCUUCUGAGUCAGAAGCUAAUGGACCUUGAAGAAUUUUUUGCAAAGGAGGAUGAGCAGUUGUUGUCUUCUAGCACUGGGGGGAGCCACGAGCUGAAAAUGGUCCAGUGAGCUACUUCACUAUGAAUUGUAGUCCUUGUGGGAGAAAUCUACUGAUUUCUUACCUUACUCUACCACUCUCUUGUAAUAUAUGACGAUCAAGUAAUGGCUGUGACCCUCUAAGGUGCUAUUUAAUCUGUUUUUCUUUUUUUUUUUCUUUUUUUGCUACUGGAGGGAUUCUCUUAGGGUCACGUGUGACUUAGCAUUCCUUCCCCAACCCCUGGAAGUUAUGGCUAACAUUUAGUUAUGUUUCAAGACCUUUUAAGGGUAGAGUGGGAGUAUCAGGGAGGAAUUAGCACACCUUCCAAGAUGCUGGGACUCUGUACUCCAAAAUCUUUGCACAUUGAAUCUGCUGUUACUACUGUAAUGGCUUUUUGAACAAUAUGACAUAAGAGUAUGUGGUGUUUGGUAAAGAUACAUUUUAGCCAACAUAUUCUUGAUAAUACCACUAAAUUUUUAAUAAUUAAAAAUAGCAUUCCUAUCUUACUUUCAAUUGUUUCUUCCUUCUGUUUAUUUAGAAGGUUCCUUAUGAAUUUCUGUGCCCUUCCUGGCUUCAGGCAGCAGAAGCUCCACAUAACUAGACUUUAAUGAACUUGCACUUUGUAUCCUUGUUUUAUUUGCAGCAUGAGGACCUCUUUUAACACAACUGAGAUUACAAAACAAAAGAGUAAGUAAUACUUUCAGAAAAGAUGAUGCCCACUGCUAUUUCUUCCUAAACAGUGAAUUUUUUUUUACCAAAUUGGCUGAUACUUUAUACCCUUUCUCCAGAGGCAAAUCCCAGGAGUACAUUAAACCACAGGGUAUGCAAGUAGAGUUUUUCAUUAGCUGAGCUGAACUGCUUCAUCCAAGAAGCACCAGCAAAUCCUUUGAGACUCAUUUCAAAGCGAUUUUCAUUUCAGAAAAUACAGUCAGCUUGAUUUGAACACCCGUUUUAGGUUUGCAGUUCAGAUAGCUCCCAAUCAGAUAUUCUAUGUACAGCACUGUUGUAUGCAACAGCUAGUGUUGUACAAAGAGCCUCCUAGCAUGUGAAAAACAUUUAUUUUUCAUUAAGUGAGGCCAUUUGUCAUUAGAUGAUGCAGCACUGGGCAAUUUCUCAGCCAUAACUUUUAAGAGAAGAGCACUCGCUUCUGGGAUAACUUCUGUUAAACUUACUUGAAGAGUAAUUCAGAAUGAAUGCUAGCUGCAGUACAGGUAAUUUCUGUCCUUUAGUGCCUAUAGAAGUUAUUCAUGUGAAGCUGUCUUUGUUGGGAUGUUCAAAUUUAACCAGUUUAUUCUUUCAUUUGUCUCUUAAAACUUGCACUUUCUUAGUUACCUAUCCAUAUAACAAAGUUUAUAUUCACAUUCCGAAUAAGCAGCUAUCUAGUGGGCAAGUAUUUUGAUUAAGUCCCAGUAAAUGAAGAACUGAAAAUCCCAUCACUGUCUUCUGCUGCUCUGCCACUUCUGUUACUGGCCUAACAGAAAACUCAGAAUUAACAAGCAAUCUGUUGAAUUCCAGAGUGUGGAAAGUGGAGAAAUGGAAGAAGAAUAUUACAUUCUCUGUGCCUGAAUCCUGACAUAAAUGUAUUCUGGGUUUGUUCUGCUCUCAGCCUAUAUGCUGGGAUUAAUGACAGUUUACAUUCUUGUUUUGGAGGCUGAUUAAUCAGGAAGACUCAGGAAAAGAGAGAGUACAGACUCAGAGUAGUGGUCAUUUGGAUUUUGAGGAUAAAAUAAGGUAGGUAAACUUCAAACAUACUGACAUGCUGUUUCAUGUUAACCUAAUUGAGCUGCUGGGGAACAUUUUAAUUGAUCUUAUUUUUAUAGAAAUCCCUAAAAAAUAAAAAAAUAAAGGUCAGCUACCUUUGAAAAAAUAUUUGAAACUGUCUCUAUGUUGGCUUAUUGCCCAAAUAUUGACUGGAUGGAAGCUGUUGCAAGAGUGAUAUAUAUACACACAUAGAUAUAUUUUUAUGGUUUUAUGCUGUAGAAUGGAAUUGUGACACAGUGUUAAUUAACCUUCUGUUAAAAUGGGAGGCUUUUACUGUUGUGACAGAACUGAGCUGUAACCUCAUUGGGGCUUUGAAGAAAACAGGGUGAGAGGGAGGGAGUUGGGUCCAAGCAAAGUUCGGGCUUCUGAUUGCUUCAAAAUAUGGAACUCUUUGUGUUGUUGUUUGUUGUUUUUUUUUU